AUGGGUGACCGAUCACGAAGCAGGUCUCCACGACCAAGAGAUAACGGCGACAGAGACCGUUCCAAAAAGACCGGAGGGUUUCGGUGGAAAGACAAAAGCCGUACUGAUGACCGCGGCGAUGAGCGCAGAUUAGAAAGAGGAUACCGCGACAGACCACGUUCACCACGACGCGAACGAGAGGGUGACCGAUACGGAGCUAGACCAAGAGACGGUGAUCGCGACCGUGACCAACGACGACACGAUGACCGAAAUGCACCACGUGAAGACCGGGAAAAGAAAGCGAAAAAGGAAAAGAAGCCAGUCGUUCCGCAAUCUUCAGAGCCCAUGAUUGUGGUCCAUGUCAAUGAUCGUCUUGGUACCAAAGCUGCAAUCCCUUGUCUUGCCUCAGAUCCAAUCAAGCUAUUCAAAGCCCAAGUGGCAGCCCGAAUCGGCCGUGAGCCUCAUGAGAUUCUUCUCAAACGCCAGGGCGAACGUCCUUUCAAGGAUCAACUCACACUUGAGGAUUAUGGAGUGAGCAAUGGAGUUCAACUUGACCUGGAGGUUGGAACGGGUGAAUAA